GGGAAGGCAGGGGCCUUGGGCAUGUCUUUCUGGGGGAACUAAGAGUAGAAGCACUUUCAGAUUCAGCUCACAUCAAACUGUCCUCCAGGCUUCUGGGAGCAUGGGGAUAUGGGGCCCCCAAAGGGGCUGCAAAUGACCUUCCUGUGAUGGGCCUUUGCUAAGAAGUGGUUCCCAGAGAUCGUCUGACCAAGAAAGAGCAUGAAUGCGCAGGUUGUGAGUUUGAGUGUUGCAUGUGCACUUGUGGGAAGAUGACUGGCAAGAACUAGGCUGACUGGCCCAGACGGAUCCUGCUGGCUCCCCUGUCACCUGGGAGGCUUCUCUAGGAAAACAAGAUGCCCAUCAACAGCACUGCCUCGUCGUUGGCCAACAUUGCCUACAUCACUGUGGAGAUUGUCAUCGGGCUCUGUGCCAUCGUGGGCAAUGUCCUGGUCAUCUGGGUGGUCAAGCUGAACCCCAGCCUGCAGACUACCACCUUCUAUUUUAUCGUCUCCCUCGCCCUGGCUGACAUUGCUGUUGGAGUGUUGGUCAUGCCUUUGGCUGUUGUCAUCAGCCUGGGCAUCACAAUCCACUUCUACAGCUGCCUCUUCAUGACCUGCCUACUGCUGAUCUUCACCCACGCCUCCAUCAUGUCCUUGCUGGCCAUUGCUGUGGAUCGAUACCUGCGGGUUAAGCUCACUGUCAGAUCCAGGAUUCCUGAGAUCCCUGGCUAUAUCCUAUUCCAGUUGAAGUUUCCCUUCCUUGCAGACAUGGAGUUCUUCAUCCUGCUCUUAUUGGCUCUCUUUUCAGAUGCCAUGGUCAUGGAUGAAAAGGUCAAGGAAGGCUUUGUGCUGGACUCAGCUUCUGCCAUCUGCAAGUAUGACGCCUACUAUAAAGAUCACCCCAAAUACUGGUGCCGAGGCUAUUUCCGGGACUACUGCAACAUCAUUGCCUUCACCCCCAACAGUACUGAGCGUGUGACCAUGAGGGACACAGGAAACCAACUCAUUGUCACUAUGUCCUGCCUGACCAAGGAGGACACGGGCUGGUACUGGUGUGGCAUCCAGCGAGACUUUGCCAGGGAUCACAUGGACUUUACAGAACUGAUUGUGACUGACAAAAGAGGAGACUUCACUGAUAAUUUUUGGUCUGGGAAAGGCAACAAGAACAGAAGCUGCAGGACUUCCAAAGUUGUCCACAAGGCAGAUCGCUCCAGGAUGUCCAUCCUCAUCAUCUGCAUGCUGAUCACAGGUUUGGGAAUCAUCUCUAUCAUCAGUCAUUUGUCCAGAAGGAGGAGAAGUCAGAGGAAUAGACGGGUAGGCGACUCUUUGAAGCCCUUCUCACGUGUCCUGACUCCAAAGGAAAUGGCUUGUACUGAACAGAUGUGACUGAAGAUUUAGUUAAUAAAGUGAUGCUACAUUAGAACCACCAUGUCAACUGGCCCGUAUCUCGAGGACUGAUUCUGCAUUGGUUCUGAUCUCCCAGACAUUCUGAAGGACACACUCACCUUACCAGCAGUCAUUUGUUGCUCGGUUAUGGCAGGGGUAGUUACAGGAGCUCUGAUAGACCACAUCCUAGCAAGGCUGCAAUCAGAUAACAUCUCAAGCUCUUAGUUCUCAUAUGUUCAGUUAGCCAGAGUGAAGAAGUGCAGAAUCUGGGUUUGGGGGCAGGAAUCACAUGUAUUUUAUUUGUUAGCCAAUAAAUUCCUGACCGAUGUUGAGUGAACUCCAAGAUAUGACUACCUUC